AAAAAAAAAAAAUUAUACACAUUGUUCUUUAUCGCAUUCACACGCUCAACACUGAAAAGAAAAACGAAAACGAAGGUUUCAGCUCUCUGACUCUGACUUUUCUCCUAUUGUAUCUAACCUUCAUCUUCAUCACCACCAUUGCUAAUUCAGUUCAAUUUUCAAACCCUAAUUCUUCUCAAAUCCCAAAGUUUCUUCCUUAUUGGCUUAAUCCGUAAGCUCUCAGGGUAUAAAUUAAAACCCUAAAAAUCGUUUUUUUAAUUAGCCCCAAAUUAGGAAAUAGUUGAGAAAGAAGAAAUAUCAAAUAAAUAGAGGUAUAUUGAAGAAUUUAAGAUUAGGGUUUUCUUUUAAUCUGUGCUAAAGAUGGAAACUUUGGAUGCUAAUUCAUCAUCAUCAUCGUCAUCUCUUGGAGGGGUUAAUAGUGAUGAUAACAAUGGUAGUGUAACUUGGUAUGGGAUGAGGUUACCUUCUGUUAACCCCUUUCUGUCACCGGUUUCAUUUCUAUUGGAUUAUUCUGGGAUUCUACGUUCUACUAAUGAUUCCGAGGCUGUGAUUGUUAACAACGGAGUUUCUGGUUCUGGUUCGGAAUUAAGGUCUCGUGUUGAUACUGAUACUGCCGCUUCUGUUGCUGGGAGUAGUGCAGGGGAAGUUGCAAUAAGGAUUAUUGGAGCUGGAGAGAGUAUUCAAAAUCAAGUUGGGGAGUUGGGUUAUGAUGAUUGUGGGGAGGAUCUGAUUGGUGAGAGAAGUGGAAUGUCUGCAUUGGAUGAUGAUGAUGGUGGUGGUGCUGGGAGUCGUGGGGGGAUUGAGGCUAGUGAGGGGGUUCCUCUUGUGUCUUCUUCGUCUUCAUCGUCGUUGGCUGGAAGCGGACGGGUUGAUGGUGAUGCUUCUGUGAAUGGAUCGGAAAAUAACAGCAGGGAUUCAUCUUCUUACCAGAGAUAUGAUAUUCAGCUUGUUGCCAAGUGGAUUGAGCAGAUUCUUCCUUUCUCCCUCUUGUUAUUAGUUGUUUUCAUCCGACAGCAUUUGCAAGGUUUCUUUGUCACGAUUUGGAUAGCAGCUGUGAUGUUCAAGUCAAAUGAAAUUGUUAAGAAGCAGACAGCUUUGAAGGGAGACAGGAAAGUUUCUUUGCUUGCUGGUAUCUCUGUUGCUUUCAUUCUUCACGUGAUAGGCAUUUACUGGUGGUAUCGAAAUGAUGAUAUUUUAUAUCCAUUGGUCAUGUUACCUCCAAACCCAACACCUUUCUGGCAUGCAAUAUUCACCAUCUUGGUCAAUGAUAUAUUGAUGCGGCAAGUUGCAAUGGCUUUUAAGUGUAUUCUGCUUAUAUAUUACAAAAAGGGGAAAGGUCAUAACUUCCGUCGGCAGGCUCAACUGUUGACUCUUGUUGAGUACACGCUACUGUUGUAUCGUGCCUUGUUGCCUACUCCAGUUUGGUACCGUUUUUUCUUGAAUAGGGAAUAUGGAAGUCUCUUUUCAUCCCUGACCACUGGGUUGUAUUUAACUUUCAAGCUAACAUCUGUUGUUGAGAAGGUCCAAAGCUUCAUUUCUGCCUUGAAAGCGUUAUCAAGAAAGGAAGUUCAUUAUGGGGUAUAUGCCACAGCAGAACAGGUUACUGCUGCUGGUGACCUAUGUGCUAUAUGCCAGGAGAAGAUGCAUUCACCUAUCUUGUUGCGUUGCAAACACAUUUUCUGCGAAGAUUGUGUAUCUGAGUGGUUUGAGAGAGAAAGGACUUGCCCUCUCUGCAGAGCAUUGGUUAAAGCAGCUGAUCUUCGGACCUUUGGAGAUGGAUCAACAAGUUUGUUUUUCCAGCUGUUUUAAUAAACCAAGAUCUUUGGGUUGGAUCAUACAUAGUUUUGGACCAACCUCUACCGAUAAAGUAUCAUGCUUCUUACUCUGAUUAGGUAAGAUUUUUCAUCAAAGGGUACGGUUGCAAUGAUGACAGAUGUACAAAUUAAGGGCUUUGCUCAGCCGUCAGAUGCUCAAAAUCGGGGGAACCUGCUAACUUGAUAUAUUCCUCAUAUCGUAGACGAACACAUAUUUGUUUAUAAUGUCACAUUAUUUUGACAUUCACCCCCCUCUUUAUAAGUUUGUACAUGUUUUUGCACAGGAUUUAUUCAAAUAUGUCAACUAAGUUGUUGCACUCGGAAGAGUACUGAAAUUGCCAUAUGUUAUAAGAGAUUUGGAUUUAAAUGCUUU